AUGGUGUGUCCAGAUUCCAUUCCUUGGGUUUUGGUGCCACUAUUGAUUAUUUCUGGAUUAAGCUAUGGAUCUGAAUCUGUUGAGAAAAACAGACAAAAAAGGACCCUCUACCAGGAACAGCCUCGCAUGUCAUCUGAAAAUGGCAAUUUAAUUUUCUGUAGCGGGUCUGCUAAAAAUAUUGAAUUCAGAACAGGAUCGCAGGGCAGAAUAAGAAUUAACGAAGAAGACCUUGCUGAGACCUUUAGCCAGAUCAGAAAGAAUAAAGAUGAGAUUCUUGAACUAAAAAGAUUCACCAACAUCCCUCAAAAUGUUUCCAGUCAGGUCACCUAUCUUCAUUCCAAGAUUGUGAAUAUUGAAGGCAGACUUCAGAAUCUUGAACAGAGUUUCUUGAGAAAAGCCUGUAGUAGCAACCCUUGUCAGAAUUCUGGUACCUGCAUCAAUUUGCUGGAUGCUUUCUUUUGUCUCUGCCCCAACAACUGGCAGGGACCGUUCUGUUCUGUUGAUGUAAAUGAAUGCCAGAUUUAUUCUGGGACACCUCUGGGCUGCCAGAAUGGAGCUACAUGUGUAAACACCCAAGGCAGUUACAGCUGCACCUGUACACCAGAAACGUAUGGACCCCACUGCGCAUCAAAAUUUGAUGACUGCCAACAGGGAUCUACAGCUCUCUGUGAGCAUGGCCGUUGUAUUGAUGAAAUCAGAGAGCAACAUAAUCAGCCAAAGUACAGCUGUAUUUGUGAUGCUGGCUGGAAGUCUUCGCCUGAGAAUCCUUCCUGCACUGUCGACAUUGACGAGUGUAGCCUCCCUAAACCCCCAUGCUCACUGAAUCCUCCUGUACAGUGCCACAAUAUCCCAGGGUCUUAUUUCUGUGAUCCUUGUCCAGCCGGUUGGCAAGGAAAUGGCUACAGCUGCCAAGAUAUUAACGAAUGUAUGACUGAUAAUGGAGGCUGUUCAACCACCCCAUUGGUUCAGUGUAUCAAUACAAUGGGGUCCUUCUACUGCAGUCAUUGUCCACCAGGCUACCAAGGCGAUGGAAAAGUGUGCACCCAGGUUGAUAUUUGCUCAGUAAACAACGGAGGUUGUCAUCCACUUGCUGCAUGUACCAGUAGAUCAGGCCCUAUUCCUAACUGUGUCUGCCCGGCUGGAUACACUGGCACUGGCUAUGGCUCAAAUGGAUGUGUUGUGCUCAGCCAUACCUGUCAAAAUCGAAACCCUUGUCUAAAUGGACAAUGCCUUGAUACACUCUCUGGCUACUACUGUUUAUGUCAUCCUGGCUGGACUAGUGCCAACUGUACAGAAAAUAUUGAUGAGUGUUCCAGCAAUCCUUGUCAAAAUGGGGGAACCUGCAUCGAUGGGGUGAAUGGCUACUCUUGUGAAUGUACAAACACUUGGACUGGACCUGAAUGCCAGAGACCCCAGCAAGUUUGUGGAGGUUUUCUUUCCAACCCCUCAGGCUCAUUCAGCUACCCAAAUAAUCCAGGCAACAGGACAUAUGAUCACCGAGUCAGCUGUGCUUGGGUCAUUCGGACUACUCAUGACAAGAUCCUGCGUAUCACUUUCCCAUUCUUCCAACUGCAGACGAGCAGUGGCUGUAGGUCUGACUAUCUCCAGAUACAUGACGGAGAGGCAUCAUCAGCCCAAAUGCUGGGAAAAUACUGUGGGUCAUCUCACCCGGACGAACUUUUCAGCAGUCAUAAUUCCUUGUAUAUCUGGUUUCGCUCUGACCACUCGGUUAACUCAGGAGGGUUUACAAUUCAUUGGGAAUCUCAGCAACCUGAAUGUGGUGGUGAACUAACAAGUACUUAUGGCUCAAUUAACUCACCUGGCUACCCAGGGAACUAUCCUCCCAAUAGGGAUUGUUAUUGGAUCGUCUCAACCAAUCCUGGUCUUCUUAUCACUUUUGCCUUUGGAACGCUGAGGCUUGAACACCAUGAUAAUUGCAGCCAAGACUACUUGGAGUUUCGAGAUGGCCUCCUCCCCCAAGAUCCCCUCCUAAGAAAAUACUGCAGCACUUGGUCACCACCUCCUCUUCAAACGACUGGUCCAUAUGCCUGGGUUCACUUUCAUUCCAAUGCUGUGAACAGUGACAGAGGCUUCCAUGUCACGUACACUACAUCCUCUGCGGAUCCCAAUUGUGGAGGAAAUUACACAGACAGUAUGGGGGUUAUUGUGUCCCCUUACUGGCCUAAUUCUUACCUCAGCAACAGGCAGUGCAUCUACAUUAUCCGACAGCCAGCCCAUGAAAAAAUCUCUCUCAACUUCACAGAUCUGGAACUGGGAAGUCAUCCAGGCUGCUCCUGGAACUUCAUAGAGGUCCGGGAUGGUGACAUGGAAACAUCUCCCUUGAUCAACAAGUUGUGUACAAGUGUGUUGCCCUCCACUAUUACUUCCAACAGUAACAACCUCUGGAUCAAAUUUAAGUCAGACACAUCAGUACAAAGAUCUAGCUUCAGGGCUCUUUAUGAAGUCGCUUGUGGGGGUAUCUUGUCUGGUGACGGUGUCCUCAGAUCUCCAUAUUACUCCAGGGCAAUCCCUCACGACAAGACCUGUGAGUGGGUCAUCUCUCAACCUGAAGGCAAUGUCAUCAUUCUUAAUUUCACUGACUUUCGGAUCCUUAAUAUCACAACCUGUGAUGCAGAUUAUGUGGAGAUCAGAGAUGGAAACAAUGUGAAUUCUCCUUCUUUGGGGAAAUACUGUGGUGUCACUGCACCAUCAAUCAUUCAGUCGACCCAGAACUAUCUCUACAUAAAAUUCCGAGCAUCCUCUGUUACCAACCUCGGCUUCAUGGCUGAAUACAAGUCUUUAGAUGUCGCAUGUGGAGGGACUCUCACAGAACCAGAUGGAACUAUCUCAAGUCCUGGAUAUCCAGUCCGUUACCCACAUGGUGUGAAAUGUAGAUGGACCAUCUUAGUCCAGCCUGGUUAUUUGAUCCUCCUGUUGAUGUACUGUGGGAGGUCAAUUCCACCAUCUGUUACCAGUAGCGGCAGCACUUUGAUGUUGUAUUUUGUAACAAAUCGCGACACAGCCUCAGAGGGAUUUGCAGCCAAUUAUGCUUCACUGAAUGCUUCUGGAGUAUGUUCACACGACUACACAGAAGCUACUGGUGUGGUAUCGUCUCCAAAUUACCCUAACCACUACCCAAACAGAAUGACGUGCAUAUACAGGAUCACUGUGGGGAUCAACAAACAGAUUGCUUUGCACUUCACCAAUUUCUCCUUGGAGCGUGCAGGUUGUACAAGGGACUAUGUAGAAAUCAGAGAUGGUGGUUAUGAGACCUCACCAUUACGUGGGAAAUACUGUGGAGAUACUUUGCCUCCAAUGACUAUCUCCCAUAGUAACAAACUAUGGAUAAAGUUUGUAAGUGAUGUACUUAUCACCAGCACUGGAUUUUCAGCUUACUGGGAUGGAACAUCAACAGGUUGUGGUGGAACCCUUACAACUUCUUCUGGAAUCUUCAUGUCUCCCAACUACCCUUUGCCCUAUCACCGCAAUGCUGAAUGCUACUGGCUGCUGAAGUCAAGUCAUGGAAGCCCCUUUGAAAUCCAGUUUGAUCAAUUCCAUCUAGAGUCUCAUGCAAGCUGUCAAUUUGAUUACGUUGAUGUCUACGAUGGCAACAGUACCAGUGCUAAGAUGCUGGGCAAAUUUUGUGGUAAUCAGAUACCGCCCACAAUCCGAUCUACUGGGGACAGUUUGUAUAUAAAACUAAGGACAGAUGUUUCUUUAGGAGGCGGAGGAUUCCUUGCUCGUUAUAAGCAAAUUUGCCAAGGAGUUGUAAUAGCUAACCGUAGCUGGGGCAUCCUGGAGAGUUUAAACUAUCCCAGUAAGUAUCCUGCAAGUGCUUACUGCAACUGGACCAUCCAAGCAACUUCUGGUAACACCCUCAACUAUAGCUUUACAGCACUGAGUGUGGAAGGAGGCGCAAACUGUGAACGUGACAAUAUAAAGCUUUAUGAUGGGCCGAAUGCCCAGUCCAGCCUGAUAGGCAAUUUCUGUGGCAAUAUGGACCUCCCAUCUGGAGGCACCCUAAGUUCUAGUCUACAUGUUGUAUUCUCUUCUGAUAGCAUUGGUGAAUCUUCUGGGUUCCAGAUGCUGUGGCAGAUGAAUGGUUGUGGUGGAGAGCUCAGUGGGACAUCAGGAUCUUUCCAUAGCCCUGGAUACCCUAACAGGUAUCCCCACAAUAGGGAAUGUCACUGGUUUAUUCACACAGCACCAAGCAGCAGCAUCCAACUCACUAUUGUGGAAUUUGAUAUUGAGUACCAUCCAAGUUGCAACUAUGAUGUUCUGGAGAUCUAUGGUGGGCAGGACUUUUCUUCACCCAGGCUGGCCCAGCUUUGUGUCCCAAGAUCUCCUCAGAAUCCUCUGCAUGUCUCAAGCACUGGCAACACCAUGGCAGUCCGAUUCAAAACAGAUGUGUCUGUGAGUGGAAAGGGAUUCAAUGCCACGUGGCAAGAGAGACCUGGAGGAUGUGGAGGAAUUAUCCAGCUUCCACGUGGUGAAAUCCAUUCUCCCAACUAUCCUCAGCCUUAUAGCAACAACACAGACUGCUCUUGGCUCAUCCAAGUGGAGAACGGCCACCAUGUUCUGCUGAACUUUACAGAUUUUGAGCUAGAAUCUCACCGUACUUGCAGCUACGACUAUGUUGCAGUGUUUGAUGGGCCCAGUGGUAGUGCUCCACUGCUUCGAAAAGUCUGUGGUGGGCAGCAGCCUUCUCCUAUAGCAUCUACCCUGAAUAUCAUGUAUGUGCGAUUUCGCUCGGACAGCAGCAUCCAUCGCAGGGGCUUCCGUGCCCUUUUCGCUGAAGCAUGUGGAAGUGUCUUAGAAGCUGAUUCAGUUGGGGCAGCCAUUUCCUCUCCUCUGUAUCCAGCCAAGUACCCAAACAAUCAGAACUGUAGUUGGAUUCUUCGGGCCCAGGAGCCCUUCAACCACAUCACGUUGUCAUUCACUGAUUUUGCAACUGAAGAUGUCAGGCGUAAUUGUACCACAGAUUAUGUGGAAAUUCGAGAAGGGGAUAAUUCUGAUGCACCUCUGCAAGGGCGAUACUGUGGCACCACUAUGCCACAUCCCAUUACUUCUUUUGGCAGAGCUUUGUCCAUCAACUUCAUCUCUAAUAAUGUUGCUACUGCCAAAGGGUUUCAUGCGAUGUUUGCUGCAUCAACAUCUGCCUGUGGGGGUGUCUUCCAUAUGGAGAGAGGAGCCUUCAACAGCCCCAGUUUUCCUGAACCUUAUUCGUUGAAUGUUGAAUGUGUCUGGAACAUUCCAAGCUCCCCUGGCAACCGGCUCCAGCUGUCUUUCACGGAAUUUCAGUUGGAAGAAAGUGAAAACUGUGCCAAAGACUACCUAGAAAUUUGGGAAGGCAUUCUUGGCGGUGAGCUGAUGGGGCGAUAUUGUGGAAACUCCUUACUGAUGAAUCAUACAGCUAUCAUCACUUCACAGUCUUUAUGGGUUAAAUUCAUCUCAGAUGGCUCAGGAACUGGAUUGGGCUUCCAGGCCACAUUUGCUCACUUGUUUGGAAAUAACAUUGUGGGAAGUAGUGGACAAAUUGCCUCCCCUCUCUGGCCUAGAAACUACCCUCACAAUUCCAACUAUCAGUGGACGAUAUCUGUGAAUGCAACUCAGUUGAUCCAUGGCCAGCUCCAACAGAUGGAUAUCGAGGAGUAUAGCAGCUGUGGCUACGACAAGCUGAAGGUCUAUGAUGGUCCCAACAUACACUCUCGUCUCAUUGGAAUAUACUGUGGUGCAACCCUUUCUUCAUUCACUUCCUCUGGAAGCUCAGUUACUCUUCAGUUCAUCUCUGAUUUUUCUGUAAAUGGAAAAGGUUUCCUUUUGGACUGGUAUGCAGUGGAAGCACCUACAGACAUUGGACAGACCGUUCCUACAGGUGCCUGUGGAGGUGUAGCAACAGCCAGCAAUGCUCCAUUGUUCCUGUUCUCGCCAGGCUGGCCCUCAGACUACAGUAAUCUGGCAAACUGCAUCUGGGUUAUCCGAUCACGAAACUCCACAGUGGAGUUCAACAUCCUGGCUCUAGACAUUGAGACUCAUGGCUCAUGCAACUAUGAUAAACUUGUCUUCAGAGAUGGAGACAACAGCCUAGCACCUGUUCUGUCCACUGUAUGUGGCCGUGAAAUUCCUGGACCAAUAAGAUCAAAUGGGGACUCUCUGUUCAUUCAGUUCACUUCAGAUGAAAGUGUCAUUGGUGCUGGGUUUAAUGCUUCUUUCCACAAAAGUUGUGGUGGUUACUUGCAUGCAAACAGAGGUGUGAUCACUUCACCAAACUAUGGCCAAACCUAUCCUCCUAAUCUUAAUUGUUCCUGGCAUGUUUUGGUUACUCCUGGUUACAUCAUUGGUGUUCAUUUUGAAGAUCCAUUCCAGGUGCUUAAUGAAGAUUCUUCCUGCAGCCAUGGAGAUUAUGUUGAGCUCAGAAACGGACCAGAUCUCUCUGCCCCACCGCUAGGACCCAAUGGAGGGAAUGGCCAUUUUUGUGGUAGCAGUUCCUUUCCUACCAUGCAUACCUCAGAUAAUCAGCUGUUUGUCCGCUUCAUUUCUGACAGCCAUAAUGGAGGGCAAGGUUUCACACUCAAGUAUGAAGCAAAGGGUCUGGCUUGUGGAGGGAAUAUCUAUAUCAGUCAAACCAACCCUUCUGGAUAUGUCUCUUCACCCAACUAUCCUGGAAAUUAUCCACCACAUGCUGACUGUGUUUGGACGAUAACUGUUCUCUACGGGGAAGCAGUGGAGCUCAAGUUUGAAGAUCAAUUUCAUAUUGACCCUUCGUCCAACUGCACAUUAAGUUACCUUGAAUUACGAGAUGGAGCUGACUCCAGUGCACCUCUUAUUGCACAACUUUGUGGAAAUUCUCUGCCAGCCAUUCAGAGAUCUUCUGGUGCUACCCUAUAUAUGAGAUUUCGGUCUGACAGUUCAGAUUCAAGGGCUGGGUUCAAUGCCAAGUAUUCAAGAGCUCCGUGUGGGGGAACACUGACAGGGCAGAACGGGUUCAUCAAAAGUCUUGGAUUUCCUGAUCUUCAUUAUCAAGACAAUUUACUGUGUGAAUGGUUCCUGCGUGGACCUACAGGUCAUUAUCUCACCAUAAGUUUUGAAGCACUAGACAUCCAGAACUCAACAGAGUGUGCAAAUGACUAUUUGGAAAUUCGAGAACAUGAUGCUUCAGGGAAUAUAUUAGGUAAAUACUGUGGAGCUACUAUACCUGAUGCCUUGGACACACCUGACAAUUUGGCUUACAUCAAGUUUGUUACGGAUGAAUCUAUAAAUGCACCAGGCUUCAUGCUGCGUUUUGCUGCUAGUUUUGAAGAGUGUGGAGGUGAACUCCGUGGCACUGCUGGGACAUUUACUUCCCCGAACUAUCUAAACCCAUUUCUGCAUAAGCUCAAGUGUGAAUGGAGAAUUGUGGUACCACUGGGACGCCGGGUCACUCUAACCAUUAGUGAGAUGACUUUUGGACUCAGCCAGAAUUGUAGUUCAGAUUAUGUGUCUGUUCACAAUGGUGUGGGAGAAAAUACUCCCAGGCUAACUAAACUGUGUGGUGUGGUGGAUCCAGGCACUCAGGUGAAAUCUUCUGGAAACAAGAUUACAGUAAUUAUGGUAACAAGCCAUAAUGAAGCAGAGGGUAGUUUUAGGAUUACAUAUGCUUCCGAUGAAGAUGCAGUAUGUGGUGGACUCCUACUCAGUUCAAAAGGUGGCAACCUCACUUCUCCUGGCUAUGAUGGCACCAGCAAUUAUUUAAACAACCUGAACUGUGAAUGGGUCAUCCAAAAUCCACAUCCAUCCAUCACAACUGUUUACCUUCUCUUUGGAGAUUUCCGCUUGGAGGAGCACAUUAAUUGCCAGAAUGACUACUUAGAAAUUCGACUAGGAGAUGCUGAUGGAGAGCUCUUUCACAGGCUGUGUGGCUCCAGGAUAGGUCUUGAGCCUCUGCUAAUAGCAGCUCCUCAGAUCUGGAUGCAGUUUUUGACUAAUGCUGAAAACACAGGCCGAGGGUUCUUUAUCCGCUAUUCAUCUCUAGCCUGUGGAGGUGUACAGGAAGCUGAGAGUGGGAUUAUCUCUAGUCCUAAUUACCCACAGCCUUACAACAGUUCUAGUCAUUGUUCCUGGCUCUUGGUAGCACCAGAGGGACACACUAUCAAUCUCACUUUUGUGGCCUUUGAAGUUGAAAGGCACAGCAGCUGUCGCUGGGACUCAGUAACCAUCCUGAACGGGGGAUCUCUUAGCUCUCCCAUCAUUGGACGGUAUUGUGGAAAUACAUCGCCUGGCACCAUCCAGUCAGCCUCCAAUAAAUUACUCAUAAAUUUUAAUUCAGACCACUCGGUGCAGGGAGAUGGUUUCUAUGCAACAUGGGCUGCGGAUUCUUUAGGAUGUGGUGGUAUCCUUCAUUCAGAAAAUGGUACCAUCCGGUCUCCUCACUGGCCGCAUAACUUCCCUAGUAACAUCAGGUGCACAUGGACAAUAAUUGUUCAUGAAAGCAAACAUUUGGAAAUGAUGUUUGAUGAGAACUUCCAGAUUCCAGAUACUAAUGGACAGUGUCAGAGCAGCUAUGUGAAGGUGUUGAGAGGAACCAAUGAAGAACAAGAAGAUUCCAUUUUAGCCAUCAGUUGUGGAAAUUCAGCUCCUGGAUCUGUUGUUGCCCCAAGAAAUGUGAUAACAGUAGUGUUUCAGUCACAGGACACCCCAGGGCGUGGCUUUUCUGCAUCUUAUAUAAGCAGGUGUGGAGCAAAUUUCACUGCUCCAUCAGGUCAAAUUGUGUCACCUAACUUUCCCAGCCAAUAUGACAACAACCUGAAUUGCAAUUAUAUCAUAGAUGUGGAACCCCAGUCUGUUGUCAUCCUGCAGUUUGAAAGUUUUGAUUUGCAAUCUCCUGCUAUGCUUGGAAUGUGCUCUUAUGAUGGAGUGAGGAUCUUCAAAGGGAGUGGUAUUAAUUUAUUCCUUUUGGAAACCUUUUGCGGUAAUGAAAUCCCUGGGCCUGUCAGCAUCUUUGGUUCCAUGCUACUGAACUUCUACACAGACUCCCACACGGUUGGCAUGGGGUUUUUGGUGACCUACAGAAUAAUCCCUUGUGGUGGUGUUUUCAAUGACUCUGUGGGCACAAUCAGCAGCCCAACCCAUUCCUUUUCUGAUUACCAUCACAAUAUGAAUUGUUCCUACCAUAUCACUGUAAGAAGAAACAAGAUUGUGGCACUCAAAUUCAACAGCUUCCAGCUCGAGGCCUCUUCAUCUUGCUACAAAGACUACGUUGCUGUGUAUGACGGCCCAAACACACUUGCUCGACUUCUUGGCAAAUUCUGUGGUGCUGUACUUCCUCCCGUAAUCAGGAGUUCCACCAACAACUUAUUCCUGGUGUUCAAGACUGAUUUCAUUGAAGCAGCUGGUGGAUGGAAAGCCUCGUUCAGAGAAACAAUAGGUCCUCAGGAAGGUUGUGGUGGUCAUCUGACGAACUCCAGUUACACCUUUGGCUCUCCAGACUCCAACAUGGAUGGCAAAUAUGAUAAAGAUCUGGAAUGUGUGUGGACUAUUGUUGCGCCUGUAAACAGGCUGGUCAACCUCACAUUCAACUCUUUUGAACUUGAAGCAGCCUCUUCUUUUCAAAACUGCCGAUUUGACUAUGUCAAACUGUAUGAUGGCAGUAAUGACAAUGCCACUCUAGCUGGCUCGUUUUGUGGCUCCAACAUUCCAGCUCCUUUUCUCUCUACUGACAACUUCUUGACUAUUAAGUUUGUCACUGACAGGUCUAUAGAAAGAGCAGGUUUCACAGCUACCUACACUAUGGUGGAUAGACUGUGUGGAGGUACAUAUAAUGCAACUUCUACAUCCCAGACUGUGACAUCACCCUACUUUCCAAAUGCCUAUCCUCCAUUUACAGUCUGUAGAUGGGUCAUUGAUGCCCCUCCUGAACAGCAAGUCAGACUAGUAGUACAUGAAUUCCAUCUCCAUUCCAGUCAAGACUGCUCUCGGAAUUAUCUAGAGUUCCAGGACACACCCCUGAGCGAUCAAGAACAUGCUAACCGUGUCCACAGGUUUUGUGGAGCUGAAAACUUUACAAUUCCUGAAUUUUAUUCGUACAGACGAACUGCUAUUGUAGUUUUCAGAUCAGAAGCUUAUAUGCCUAACAAUAGACUCAGCUUCUCCUAUAAAGCUUCAGGCUGCGACAGAGAAUACAAUCAGUCCUUUGGCUACCUGAAAAGCCCAGGCUGGCCUAAUUCUUAUCCUAAUAAUUUGGAUUGUACCAUUAUUCUACGAGCCCCAGAUAAUCACACCCUAUCUCUCUUUUUCACUUCUUUUAAUCUAGAGGAUUUUGGAUGUCACCAUGACUUUUUAGAGAUCAGAAACGGUAGUGAUGCAGGCUCUCCACUGCUUGGCAAAUAUUGUGGAAGCACCUUGCCUGACCCUGUGUUUCCUAAAAACCAUGUUGUAUAUCUACAUUUUGUAAGUGAUGCCUUCCUUCCGCUUAAUGGAUACGAGAUCACCUGGACUUCAUCACCAACUGGAUGUGGUGGUACCUUAUAUGGUGAGGCUGGUUCAUUAACUAGCCCAGAGUACCCAGCGUCUUAUCCAAAUCAGACAGACUGUGAAUGGAUCAUCAACGCACCCAAAGGACGGAUUGUCACGAUAAACUUUGUUUUCAUCAAUAUUGAAGACCUGGGUGACUGCACUAGAAACUAUCUGAUGCUCUAUAAUGGACCAGACAGUAGCCAUCCACAGAUUGGACCAUACUGUGGAAUGGACACAAACAUUGAUCCAUUUUCUGCUGCAUCACAUCAAGUAUUUAUAAAAUUCCAUUCUGAGUACGUAACCCUGCCAUCGGGAUUUCGCCUAACAUGGAGCAGCUAA